AAUGAAAUCGUAAUAUUACAGAGGAAGUGUCUCGGCUGAACCAAGGGUCAUAUUAACGAUAUUCAUUUGUAGUUGGCUUUCCGAAUAACUUAUAGGGUAAGGAAACCAAGUAUGGCAACAGAGGGGGAGCCGACAGACUUGAUCAAAGUGCUACACCUCCUGGUGCUCUCUUUCUCCUGGGGCAUGCAGGUCUGGGUCUCCUUCAUUGCAGGUUUUGCGUUGGUUUGGCAGGUAACUUUGCACACCUUUGGCCUGGUGCAGAGUAAACUCUUCCCUGUAUAUUUUUACUGCCUACUGGGUAGCAACUUUGUCAGCCUGGCUGUGUAUGCUGUGUACCACCCCAGAGAGCUGCUGGACUGGCAUGAAAGUGUCCAGAUGGUUCUGUACUUCGUGGCGCUGAUCAUGGCAGGUCUCAACACCCAGUGGUUUGGCCCAGCGGCCACAGAGGUCAUGUUCCAGAUGAGGGAGGUGGAGAAGGAGCAUGGCCUGGGGAACCAGAUAGGCCUGGGCAGCCAGAAAGAGGCAUACGCCAAACUCAAAGAGCAGGACCCCAAGUACAGAGCCUACAAGAGCACAUUCGGCUGCUACCACGGGUUGUCCAACCUCUGCAACCUGAUAGGGAUCAUCUGCAUCACGGUUAAUUUGAUCUACACAGCCCUGAAUUUAUCCACCAUUUAGAGAAGAGUAGGUUUCAGGCUUCGAUUUAUGUAAAACAUCUCACUGUCUUUUUCUGCAGUUAUCACAGUAUUUUUAUAUGAUGAGUUGAAUAUGAGGAGUUAGGAAAGACAGUAUGGACUUGAGUUAAAUAUGCCCAAAAAUAAACUUGUAAGUGACAUUAUGUAAACUUAAUUCUACAAAAUUUUGCAUCACUGUUGGAACCAAUGGUGGAGCUGCAGCUGUCCAAGUGCCUGUGUGAGUGAGGAGGCCUUUGUUGCCACGAGCUUCCAAAAAUCUCACUACUGCUGUUCACUUUUAUCUGUCAGUUAAGCACUUUUCAUCCUGUCAAUCAGUAUCUAAUUAAUGCUGUCUAACAUAUCUCUUUAAAUCUGCUACUACAGGUCUCUCUGUUUUGUCGUGUUAUCAUCUUUAAGUUUUUAUUGGAUUGGUUGGAAAGAAACACACUGAUGACCGAACCCAUACCCAGCAGACAGUGCCUGGAAUUGAAAUAUGCAGGUUUUUAAUAUAAUUACCAGUGACGCACAUCAGAUUUUUAGAGGAGCAACCUUGAAUGCAGACAACAAUGCUUUGCUGGCCAGGUACAGGAUGAGACAGGCACUGCCCCUAUUACAGCUACUAUGUUAGCACUAAUGGAUUAUAAUGGAGUCAUUUCAAUAUAAAAUGCAGGGACUGAAAGUAAAAGGAUGAGGUUUUUCCAAUGUCAUUCAUGCCCUUUUUGAGAUGUUGUCUCCUCAGCUGUGAUCUGGUUUUUAAUUUUCUUGCUUUCUAGUUAAUAAAAAUACAGUAUGUUAUGACCAUACAUAAUUACCUCUAAACCCGCUUUGUUUUAGCUUGCUGGCAUUGUGUUAAUGUGCCUUGUUGUCAAUUUGGAGAGUGUACAAAGAAGUUAGUCAAGGUAAGAGACCGACUGACUUGAGGAAAGAGACCAAACACAUUCUGAAGAUAGAGAUGUUAGAUCUUUUGCUGUCCUGUCAGGUUGCCCAUUACAGUGGCAUCAGGUUGUGUUUAACCAGAGAACGAAUUUAUCUGUAUAUGUGUAUA